AAUAAACACUUCCAGAAACCACCCUGACUAAAAAAUCACUUGGCAACUAAAAGGAACGACCUGGGUUUGCAGUUUCACCCGUGCCCCAACGGUGGAAAAAUCUCAAAGGAGAAUAAAUGGCGGAGGCCUGAGGGGAUCCCGUAGUGGACAGAGCAAGUCAGGCCUCGGAGACUAUAUCUCAGUUUUUUCGUCCAACUCAGUCCUCCCCUCAGAGCCAGGAUGAAUGAGGACUCAGCGGAGGAACUGCUCUUCAGAGACCAGGACUUCUCCUCUGACUUGUUGAGACAGCUCAACGUGCUCCGGCAAGAGCAAAUCCUGACCGAUGUGACCCUAUGCUCUGGGGACCGCGAGGUUCCCUGCCAUCGAAACGUGCUGGCCUCCAGCAGCCCUUACUUCAGGGCAAUGUUUUGCGACGACUUCAGGGAGAGCGUCCAGCCCAGAGUAGACCUGAAAGGCGUCAGCGCCGACGUCCUGGGACAAAUCAUCCAGUACGUAUACACGGGGCAAGUCCUCAUCACCGGCGAGAACGUUCUGUGCUUGAUGGAGGCCGCCUCCAUGAUGCAGUACCUCCGGCUGUUCGAGGCCUGCUCCUCUUUUCUCCAGAACCGCCUGGCUCCCAGCAACUGCCUGAGCAUGAUCCGGCUCGCCGAGCUCUUCAGCUGCGAGAGCCUCAGGAGGAAGGCCCGCUCUCUGGCUCUGAAAUGCUUCCCGCAAGUGGCUACCUCCGAAGACCUGAAGGAGCUCUGUGCCUUGGAACUGAGCAACUACCUGGGAGACGACGAGCUCUGGGGAGAGGAAGAGGAAGUGUUUGAGACGCUAAUGGCCUGGAUUAGGCACGACCUCCGGGCCCGGGAGGGAUACAUCCAAGACCUGUUUCAGAAAGUCAGGCUUCAGUACGUCCAUCCGGCCUUCUUCUUCCAUUUCAUCAUCAACGACUCCCUCCUCCAGGCGUCCCCGGCUUGCCGAAGGAUCCUGGAGGCGGCGAAGAGGCAGACGUUCUCUCCUCACAGCGCCGGGGCCGCGGGUCCCGAGCCGCUGGGCCACGUCCCUCGGAGGUAUCCCAGCCGAGAAUUCCUCAUCCUCCUCGGGGGCAGGAAGGACAGCCAGCAGACCACCAGGGAUGUCCUGCUGUUCGAAGAGAAGACCGGCCAUUGGCUGAGCCUCGCCAAGCUGCCCUCGCGUCUCUACAAAGCCGCCGCGGUCACCCUGCACAGCAACAUCUACGUCCUGGGGGGCAUGGCCGCGAGUGGCGGGAGAAGCCACAUCAGCGAUCAAGUCUACAUUUUCUCUCUGAAGCUCAACCAGUGGAGAGCGGGAAAAGCCAUGCUGGUGCCGCGUUAUUCCCACAGGAGCACGGCCUACAGGAACUUCAUCUUCUCCAUCGGGGGGAUGGGGGCCAAGCAGGAGAUUCUGACUUCCAUGGAGCGAUAUGACAGCAUCUCCAACGUCUGGGAAUCCAUGGCCGGCAUGCCCGUGGCCGUUCUCCACCCUGCCGUGGCCGUGAAAGACCAAAGACUCUACCUUUUUGGAGGAGAAGACGUUAUGCAAGAUCCCGUGCGGCUCAUACAGGUUUACCAUGUUUCCAGAAACACAUGGUUCAGAAUGGAAACGAGGAUGAUCAAAAACGUGUGCGCCCCUGCAGUGCUGCUUAGAGACCGAAUUAUCAUUGUGGGAGGCUACACGAGGAGGGUCCUUGCCUACGACCCUCAGACCAAUAAGUUUUCCAAGUGUGCCGACAUGAAGGACCGGCGAAUGCAUCACGGGGCGGCCGUCGUCGGGGACAAGCUCUACGUGACCGGGGGACGCCGGCUCACCCCGGACAGCCGCAUCGAGGACUCCGACUCCUUCGACUGCUACGACCCUGAGACCGACACGUGGACGUCCGAAGGGAAGCUCCCUCACAGACUCUUUGAUCACGGCUGCCUUGCUCUCCAGGGCAUCCCUCACGCUGCCAGUCCCCUAUGAGCUGGGCGACCCGACCACCAUCUGGGGUGCGUGCAAGAGGGCAAAGGGGAGAGCGGGGCAUCCCGGCCUCCACCUGCUCAUGGCUGCAGCAGGGAGAUGAUGCUCCCAAGCUCUGCAGAAAGAGAAAUCCCCUGAACCCCAUCUAUGUAAUGUAUUUAAAUAAUGACCAUGAUAUUUAAGUGCUUAGUAUAUACCGAGGUUUACAGUCAAAAGAAGAGGGAUUGCAAGGAUAUGAAAGACUCAUUUAAAGGACAAGGAAACUGAGGCACAGAGAAAUGAAGUAAGUGACUUGCCUGAGAUCACACAGCAGGUACGCGGCGGA